UUUUUUCUGUUUCAUUCUGCUCUCUUUCUUUCUGUUUCAUUCUGCUAGGGUUCACCAUGAAUAACCUUGACCUCGAUGCAGAUAAAGUUCUGGCGAAGGACUUCCUUUCCAAUUUCGCUGACGCAAAUGGCGAAGCCAAAUACAUUAACAUUCUUCAAGAAGUUGCAAAUCGUAGAAUCCGAUCGGUCCAGAUCGAUCUUGAAGACCUAUUUAAUUAUAAGGAUCUGGAUGAAGAGUUUUUUAGGAGAGUUACUGAGAACACCCGCCGUUAUAUUGGAAUUUUUGCUGCUGCAAUUGAUGAGUUGAUGCCAGAGCCUACUGAGGCAUUUCCAGAUGAUGAUCAUGAUAUACUGAUGACACAGAGGUCUGAGGAGGGAACCGAUAAUACGUACGGUUCUGAUCCACUACAGAAGAUGCCUCCAGAUAUUAAACGAUAUUAUGAGGUUUAUAUUAGAGCAUCUUCGAAGGGGCGUCCAUUCACUAUUAGGGAGGUCAAGGCCUCAUACAUUGGCCACCUUGUAAGGACAUCAGGCAUUAUAACUCGUUGUUCUGAUGUUAAGCCGCUCAUGCAGGUAGCAGUAUAUACAUGUGAAGAGUGUGGUUUUGAAAUCUACCAGGAAGUAACAGCCCGCAUUUUCAUGCCGUUGUUUGAGUGCCCAUCCAAACGUUGUCAAACAAAUAAAACAAAGGGGAACCUCAUCCUUCAACUCAGAGCAUCAAAGUUUCAAAAGUUUCAAGAGGCUAAGAUUCAAGAGUUGGCUGAACAUGUUCCAAAAGGUCAUAUUCCUCGGACUAUGAGUGUUCAUUUAAGAGGAGAACUCACAAGAAAGGUAGCUCCAGGUGAUGUUGUUGAAUUAUCCGGAAUCUUUCUUCCUAUCCCUUACACUGGUUUUAGAGCACUUCGCGCCGGCUUAGUUGCAGAUACAUACUUGGAGGUCAUGUCUGUCACUCAUUUCAAGAAAAGAUAUGAGGAGUAUGAACUCAGAGGAGACGAGGAAGAACAGAUUGCUCGUUUAGCAGAGGAUGGUGACAUCUACAAUAAGUUGUCACGGUCGUUGGCUCCAGAAAUUUAUGGACAUGAAGAUAUUAAAAAAGCUCUACUUCUUCUCCUUGUGGGUGCUCCUCACCGGAAGUUGAAGGAUGGGAUGAAGAUUAGGGGAGACUUACAUAUAUGUUUGAUGGGGGAUCCUGGGGUUGCGAAAAGUCAGCUUCUCAAGCACAUAAUAAAUGUAGCACCCAGGGGAGUUUAUACAACUGGUCGUGGAAGCAGUGGGGUUGGUCUAACUGCUGCUGUUCAGAAAGACCCUGUCACAAAUGAAAUGGUCCUGGAAGGAGGAGCAUUGGUGCUAGCGGAUAUGGGUAUUUGUGCUAUUGAUGAGUUUGACAAGAUGGAUGAAUCUGAUCGUACAGCAAUACAUGAAGUUAUGGAGCAGCAGACUGUUAGCAUUGCAAAGGCUGGAAUCACCACAUCUUUAAAUGCAAGAACUGCUGUUCUUGCUGCUGCUAAUCCAGCAUGGGGAAGAUAUGAUCUACGGAGAACUCCAGCUGAAAAUAUCAAUCUCCCUCCGGCCCUUCUAUCAAGGUUUGAUCUUCUCUGGUUGAUUCUAGAUCGAGCAGAUAUGGAUAAUGAUCUUGAAAUGGCGAGGCAUGUGGUCUAUGUGCAUCAGAAUAAAGAAUCACCAGCUCUUGGGUUUACUCCACUUGAACCAUCUAUCCUCCGUGCAUAUAUUUCUGCCGCAAGAAGAUUGUCCCCUUGUGUUCCAAGGGAACUGGAGGAGUAUAUUGCUGCCGCGUACUCCAGCAUUCGGCAAGAAGAAGCUAAGUCAAAUAGCCCUCAUUCAUAUACAACCGUGAGAACUCUACUGAGCAUUCUCCGGAUAUCAGCUGCAUUAGCAAGACUCCGAUUCUCUGAAACUGUUGCUCAAAGUGAUGUGGAUGAGGCACUUAGGUUAAUGCAGAUGUCAAAGUUCUCUUUGUAUUCUGAUGAUCGUCAGAGAUCUGGUCUGGAUGCUAUCUCUGAUAUCUAUUCAAUUUUGCGAGAUGAGGCUGCAAGGAUAAACAAGUUAGAUGUGAGCUAUGCCCAUGCACUCAACUGGAUUUCAAGAAAGGGAUACAGUGAAGCACAGUUGAAAGAAUGUCUGGAGGAAUAUGCAGCACUAAACGUUUGGCAGAUACAUCCCCAUACAUUUGAUAUCCGCUUCAUUGAUGCUUGAUAUGCCCUUCUUGUUAAUCAUUUGGAGGCGGCUAUGCAUUUCCAAAAAUUGAAGGGUUUAGUCAACUGGGUUUUAAAAUAUUAUUCAAUGGGGAGUAUUACUUCAUAUCUUUUGCUUGACUUGUAACCGAACUUAACAUUGCUUCAAAGGUUUCAAAAAUUAUUAGUGCUAGUUAGAUUUCUAGACUUCAGUUGCUAGAGCUGUUUGUAUUGUAUUGAGAUCUGAAAUCGGGAAGUACAUUCAAGAAUUAUUUAGUGCUAGUUAGGAUUGUAGACUUUAGUUGCUAGAGUUUGUUUGUAUUGUAGUGAGAUCUGAAAUUGGGAAGUAAAUGCUAUAUGGAAUUGUAUUAACAUUAUAAAAAAAAAACAUUGAAGCCUG